UGACUUGAUCCCCCGGUGAACGGAAGAGGAAGUACGGAGGAGAACGGCGGGACAUUCGGGCGUGCGGGGCGGGGGGGAGAGAGAGCAGCGACCGGACAGUGGGACGGGACUCCUCCCAUCCCGUUCCCUCGCAGUGCUCUGCAGAGCCCACGCUAUGGUGCAGGUCAUCGUCUCCAGUGCCGGUGCGGGCUGCCUGCAGCGCUGGGUGCUGCUGGAGCUGCAGGGAGACGUGGAGCCGCGCGGGGGCGGUGAGCUGCCCGGGAGUCUGCUGGGAGACCUGCACUACACGCGGGAGGGCAUCCCCGUGCUCAUUGUGGGCCAUCACAUUCUAUACGGGAAGGUGGUGCAGCUGGAGAAACCCUUUGCUGUCCUGAUGAAGCAGGCAGCCGACCCUGCGGGGACGCGCUACGCUGUUACCGCCCUCAUCAAGACCAAGCUGCUCUUCAAAACAAGGCCCAAGCCCAUCAUCACCAACGUGCCCAAGAAGGUUUGAGGACACAGACCUGCCACACAGGAGCAAUGCUGUUCCUUUGCUGUGACACUGCCGAGGACGGCUGGGGCAUGAACUCAUCACCUACCUUAGGCACGGUGCAUCCUGCAGGGCCAGGCUGUGCCCCCACUGGGGGCUGCACAUGACUGCCACCAGCACUGCCUCAAGCACAGAACUCAGCUCUGCAGCCUUGCACAUGGUGCUGCCAGCUCUGCCCAUCCUCCUGCUCUUGCCAGGAUGGCUUGGGUUCACUCUCAAGCUGGCUGCCACCUCAUAUUCCCUUCUAAAGUCACCCCUCCAUCCAGCAGAGCUGCAGACAGGGUCUGCCACUUCUGUCUUAGCACCUUUCCCCCUUCAGUCACCCCAAACCUGGGGGUCCAAGUGCAGUUGGGCAGGGGGAGCAGGGAUGACACACCAUCUUUCCUCUGUGCAAGUCUUUAUUGUGUCAAAUCCACCAGGAUAUAAAAAACAGACUUCUCAAAAUAUGAAAAAAAUAUGAGUUAAAAAAUAAAUAGAUUUACAAACAAUCAGCAAUAAAGUGUAAAUACGAAAAGAGCUA